ACGUGAACUGCCCGUGUUCGUUCCAGCUGAGAGGACAGCCGUCGCGCGGCCCAAACUCAAGACCGUGCCCGUGACUAUAUGUGUGUGUCGGAUGCAAAAAAGUACAGAGAAACAGGAAGGACCCCCCUCCUCCUCCUACUCCUCCACCCGACACACUGGAGAGCGCGACAGGAUAGAAGGUAAAGAGUAAUACAACUUGUCAUCUGACCAAUAGGACCGGAGAAGCACGGCUCUCUCCGCUGCGUUUUCUCUUUACGCGUUGUUUUCAUUUGGUGUUUUGGACACGGACGUUGUUUUCUUUGCUAUGUAUUUUUUUUUCGGUGUCGUAUCCAACAGUCGACAUUUAACCGGUGAUAUUUUCUUAAACUUUUAGAAUUGUCGCUCAGCCUACGGAUUACGAUUUGGGCUGUAGGUUUUUAUGGACUCGUUGUAGGACAAUUCAGACUUAUUUUCUCAAACACUGAUCCACUGAAAAGGAAGGCUUAUCUGCAGAGAGGAAGAUAUUGCAUCCGAACUUUAUGGAAAAGGCUGCUCGCAUGAAAAUGAUUCUUCAUGGGAUUGAGCAAACAUAAAAGCCCAUAAGGAAAAAGGUGUUCCAGAGCGCUUUUCUUGAUCUCCUUUCCCGACCAAGUUUUCGUUGCACGGCUCCAUCUGGUCAAGGAUGUCCAGGCAGCUCUCUCAGCUCCUGACCCCCGACCUCCCGGCCGGCGCCAACACGCAGUUCAGCGGCUGCCCUCCGCCUGGAGCCUCACUCUCCGGGGGCCACCAGAGCUCCAUGGCCGGGCUGAAAUCCCUCCUGCAGCACCCAAUGAAGGGGGACCAGCGUGUGAAAACGACGCCUGAAGUGAAAGCCGACAAAGACCGACCCUCAGAGCAGGAGGAGGACUCCCAGGGAACCUGUGCCAUGAGGAACAGCACCGCAAUCAGCAGCUCCAACAGCAGCGGAGGCGGCGCUGCCAACAGCGGAGGAGUUGGAGGUGGAGGCGGUUCUGGAGGUGGAGGAGGUGCUGGAGGCGGAGGAGGAGGUGGUGGAGGUGGUGGAGGUGCAGCCGGAGGAGGCUUCAACCAGAUCCUGGGGUCUCUGCUGUGGGACCGCAGCCUGCCAGCUGACGGGGGUCUGUUCCAGCUGCAGUACAUGGACUUAGAGGAGUUCCUCACCGACAACGGCAUGGGCAACAUUCCCAACAGCAACAACAACAACAACAGCUCCAGCACGGCCCAGGUCCCCUCGCAGACCUCGCCGUCGGCCGUGCCCAACCAGAGCUCCCAGUGCCCGCCCUCCUCGCCGCCCCCCUGCUCCUCGGCCUCCUCCACGUCCUCGUCCCCCUCGCUCAUCGGCCUGGAGGUGGCGCAGCCGCAAGGCAUGCUGGGAGGAUCAGAGUGUCUGCACGGAAGCCAAACGAGCAUGAACGACUCCUGCGAGUCCCCCUGCUCGUCGUCGUCGUCCUCCUGCCCCCCACUGCUCACACCCACUGGCACCGGGCCGGAGGGGAUGGGCAUGUUCGACAUGGACCCCUCAGACAUGGCGCUGUCCAGCAUUCCCGGCCAGGACAACUUCGACCCCAGGAGACACCGCUUCAGUGAAGAUGAGCUCAAACCGCAGCCCAUGAUCAAGAAGGCCCGCAAGAUGCUGGUGCCAGAGGACCUGAAGGUGAGCCUCCAGCUCUCUUAUGUUCCAUCUCAGGACGAGAAGUACUGGUCCCGGCGCUGUAAAAACAACGAGGCGGCCAAGCGCUCCCGCGACGCCCGCAGGCUGAAGGAGAACCAGAUCUCGGUGCGCGCCGCCUACCUGGAGCGCGAGAACGCCGCGCUGCGACAGGAAGUGGCCGAGAUGAGGAAAGAACUUGGCCGCUGCCGCAACAUCCUUAGCAAAUACGAGAACCACCUGGCCGACCCGUGAUGGUGGAGGCUGGAGGAGGGCCAGGGGUCCGAGAGAGAGAGAGAUGGAGGGGCAGGAGAAGAGGAGGAGGAGGAGGAGGAGGACGGAGGAGAGGAUUAACACGGACGGAUUUUGAAGACUCUCACUUUUUAGGCUUGCAAUACGGACAGAACGGAGGGAAGGAGACGCCGAUAAUGAUGUCCGUCGUGACGUUGAUGAUGAUGAUGACGACGAUGAUGAUGAAUGUAUGUUCAAGGAGAUGGUUUAUAUAUUGAAGCUCAGGUGUCUCGGAAAGAUGUAACUAUUGUGGGUUUUUGUUAAUGGAGAAUUGUAUAUUUUUAUAAUACUGGAGUAAACACAAUUUAGAGGGAGAGCAAAUUUGGAGAAUAUUUUUUGUAUAUUUUCUACAUGACUUGGAUAUAAGAGACAUGGAACACACUCAGAGGUAUCUGUAGGCUGGAUGAGUCAGGAGGCGGGGCUUAACACAUGGUCGACCAAUAGCCAGGUAUUAUUAGAUUCAAUGGAAGUGGUGGCGCGGUCAGUGUUGGUAUCUUCAGUUGUAAAAUAGAACAUGAUCUUUAAAGAUGUAUGGUUAAACCUUUUAUGUGGAUAUUACUCAUGCACCUACCUUUUUAUUAAUUGAUGGUUAUUAUGUCAUGGGGAGAGACUCAACCAAAUGUGGAUGUCACUAUGUACACAUUCUGCUCCUAAGUAUUCAUAGCUCACUGUUCUCUAGAACCUUCCAGAUACCAACCAAUACCGAUGGCGUAUUUUAUAAUAGACAGGGUGUGUUGUAUAUUGUACAACUUAUUUGUCCCUGUUUCAAUGUAUUAGUCCUGCUACCACCAUAGAUUGUAUUUUUAGGAUUGCUACAUGGGUGCCCCACCAAUGUUGUCACUCUGGAUCUUUGCAUGGCUUUCUCUAUGAAAAAGAGAUGCAAAGAUGUGUGUAGGAAAUCAUCUAACCUGAUUACUAAACCCCAAGCUCCUUCAGGAUGUCUUACACAGGCGCCCAUGUCGUCAGUCUCUCUCGGUCUCCUCAGCCAAACCCCUUCAUUUCCACUAAGCUUUCCACACGUGCAGAACGCUAAGCCCUCCUGCCCACCUACCUUUUUUCCCUGUGCCUCAUUCGCAGAUACUGCAUAACAUAGAUCUAGUGUUGUAACAUAUUCUCAAACAGUCCAUCAAUCUCCCAUAGAAGCGCACAUCGAUUUACUGUAGUGUCUAAUGAAAAAGUAUUUCUAUAUAUAUUUUUGGCUUCAAGAUUAAAUGGUGUCUUUAUUGAGCGGGGGAGGGGGGGGGUAUUUGAUAAUGAUGUUGAUGGGGGUCUAUGAGAAGUGUGAAUGUGGUGAGAGAUGAGUACAUGAAUAGAAAUGUAAUUUAAUUCCAGAAAAUGGGGUAUCUUUUCUAAAUCCUAUCGAUUGGAAUGGUGUUAAUUUCUCAGAUUUCUGGGAUGAACGUAAGCCAAAAUUUCCUAUGUUGAUAUACAGCGCUUUGUUAAUACUUCUCUUGCUUUUCCUCUUCAGUAAUACAUCCCUUUGCUGUUGA